AUGGCGCUGCCUUUGCGCCGACUCUGGACCGCGGCGCUGCUCUUGGGCGCUCCGCUGGUGGCCUCUGCGCACAGCUUCCCUUAUAACCCCACCCAGAUCUUUACGCCCAGCGUGUGCUUCAACCAGAGCGCAUGUCACGGGGCCGACGUGGCCUACAUCUUCACCCAGGACAGCGACGACCAUGUACAGUUCAUGUCACUCAACAUUUCGGGCUCGGUUGGCGCAGACACAAAGCUGAAUCUUGUCUCGACGUUUUUGCCUUUCCUGGACGGCACCCAACCACCAAACACGGCGUUUGGCGCGGUAAGAACAGAAGAUGGCUCGGUGCUGGCAUAUGUGGGAGCAUGCGAUAAGGGGCCAGGAGACGUUUGGACCUACGGGGAGGGAAGCGGUAACGCAACGUGGGCAAAGCAGGCGACCACAUUGGGGAAAUUGAAGCAGAGCGCGUCAAGAGGGCCAUAUUUCCUGGGAGGGACAAUUGCGUUCUCGGCGACACUGGCCCCUUCGCUGGAUGAGCCGACGAUAUAUUCGUAUGGCGGCAUGUGCGAUACGCCCUCGGACAACUCAACGGACUGGCAAUCCGAGGCGGAUUAUACCACGAGUAUGAUGACUCUUACCCCAACCGACAGCAGCCCUUCGUCAAAGUCCUACGUCCAAGGCGUCGCGUCAAGCACCGGGCCUAAGACGCCCAUUGCCGGAUUUAGCCUCACCGCGUUGCAGAGCUCAAUGAGCAACAACUCUGGCACCGUCACGCAGCAGACGGCGUACGUUGUCAUCGGUGGCCAUACCCAGCAGGCCUUUAUCAACAUGAGCACCGCUGCUGUGUGGAGUCUCCCCGAGGAAUCCUGGUCCUAUAUCAAUGUUCAGCAGCCAACCGACAACGCCGACGGCAUAGAUAGCAGAUCUGGCCACACGGCCGUACUAGGCGCAAAUGGACACUCGAUUAUCAUCAUGGGGGGCUGGGUCGGCGAUGUAAACACCCCGGCGGAUCCUCAACUUGUAGUGCUGGAGAUGAGCGAAACAUAUAGCUCUUGGAUGUGGACCGUGCCGAAACAGCAGCCCGAUUUUGGAGGCAGUGGCAUCUACGGGCACGGCGCGGCCAUCUUGCCAGGAAACAUCAUGAUGGCAUAUGGAGGGUGGCAGAUUGGCGGCUCCAGCUCGUCCAGCAAGGUGAAGCGACAGUCCAGCGUCACCACCUCGCCGCAGUUCUUAAACUUGACCGACAUGACUUGGUCAACGACGUACAACAAUCCUUCGGCGGGCAAGGCCCCUGAUAAAAGCCCAGGCGGCGGUUCCUCUAGCUCAACAAGUGAUGCUGCCAAGUCAAAGAUUCUGGGAUUGAGCCUUGGGUUUGGCAUCAGCGGCGGAGCCCUCCUCAUCAUCUUGGCCGUCACCGGCUGUUUCUGUUGGCGGAAGAGGCAGAGGAGAAGAGCUGCCCGCGAAGAGACCAUUCGGGCCAUGGCCCAGGACGCGAGCAUGUUUGUCCACGAUACGUCCGAGAUGGCCCAGCGGGACGAUAAUUUCCCUUGGGGCUAUCGCAGCUGGUACUCCAAUGGGCCAGAUCAGUAUCAACUUGGCGGAGAUGACCGGUCUCUCGGGUAUGAGGGCAUGCGCGGCUCUUAUGGCGGCUAUGCUCCGGUGGUACCUGGAGUUGCGAGAAAGCCAGUAUCUCGGCAGCUUCGUGGCGGUUAUAUGCCGGCGAAUGCCCAGAACAGCUUUAUGCCUACUCCAGGCCAAAUCCACCCCAUCAUGGAGGAUGAAGAAGAAGACUUGGCUCAGCAGCGUGUCCAUCCUAACGAGGUCACUACGCCCACGUCAGACGCAUACUCUGAUCCGUUCCUCACACCAACUGUUGCUGUAGCUUCAGGGGCUCUACCAGUGUUCCAACCACCGCCCCCUGGUCAAAGCACCGCUGAUCCAAACCAAGAUGGCUCAUUCCAGCACGAUCCAGACGUGCAAGAUUGGGUUUCUGACGUUGACGCCGCCGAUGCGAUGUUGGCGAGAUAUAACAGCACACGCCAAGCUCAAGGCCGUGGAACGCCCAUGAGGCGAAGCUCCCAGCGUUCGACUGGUAUGCGGGAGGAGGAGCUCCGUACCGAUUCAGCUCUAUCAGAAUCGAAUCGCAGUGGAGGAGACGGCUUGGGACGAUCCAGUUCUGGUCGAUGGUCUGCUAUUCUUACCAGUGCUUUUGGCGGUACGUCAUCAGUCACCACAGAACCAGGCAAGCCAGGCAGCUCCUCUUCUAGCAGCUACAACACAGCGAAAUCAGGAUUUGGCGCCUUACAGGCAGAAGGCCCCAAUCUGUUGCUCGGUCGAUCAACGCCUCAAGACCCAUUCGACGAAGACGAACCGCCUAGCUCACCGUCAAAAUUCAAGCCUCGGAGGAAUUGGCUGGGUUCUUUGAGACGCGUUUUCUCUGGAGCAGAGUCCAAUUCGGGCGAAUUAUUAUCUCCUAGGGACAGAUCUCCUCAGAGAGAAAUUUCGACGGAUAUGUUAAGCAACGAUUAUGAGACACCGCUCACGGCCAUAGGCAGCGAGAUUCUCCGAAGAAAACAGGGCCGCCAGGAUUGGGAAGGUGCAGAUGCUGGCAGUGCUGCAGGGAGAGAAAACGAUUGGGAUAUUGAAAGAGCCGUGGAGAACCGCCUCGUGCAAGUCAUGUUUACAGUUCCCAAAGAGCGUCUUCGUGUCGUAAAUGGCGAGGAUUUCGAUGACGGAACAAGCACCGACGAAAGAAUACCUCUCCAUAUGCCACAGACGGCGGAGCUCGUUGACAUGGACAAGCGGUCAUCGCAAGUCGAGCCUUCACUUCGCAGCGCCAGCAAACUCAGCUCUCAUCUGGAUGACGAAGGCGGAGGUGUACCUGUAGACGAGAGAGAUCGCGACGACGGCUUCCUUAGGAUCAACCAAGAGGAUUUCGAGGAAAAAAGCGACCGGGACGACAGGAGUGAAAGACCGCUUUCUAUCGCAACAGAUGUGUCGUUUGCGCGAUCAGCAAGCGUGUAUACGGCUGAAGCCAUGACGUUUGAGCGGCCCAAGACGAGAGUGCUGCAGAUGGUUGAUCGCUUCGAGAGUUUUGGCACCAACCAUAAUAGUAACGAUAACAGUCCUUCGGUGAGCAGGGCAGGAACGCCAGGACUGCGGACCAUCAAGAGCAAGAAGUCUAUGCGGAGUCAGGAACAGCUUGGGCAGCAUUAG